AUGGCCUCGCUAUCCGAAUGCCCCUUCGAUGUUAUCCGGAUGGUGCUGGACCUCCUCACCGAGGUUGGCGACCUGUGGAGUCUCGCACUCACAGACCGCCGGCUCUAUCGCAUGACAAACCCGGAGCUCUACGGGAGGAAAACUCUGGAGAGCAGGCGUGGUCUUCACUGGGCAGCCUUCCUGGGCCGGCCCGAGACCGUGGAGCUGUUUCUCAAGAACGGCGCCGAUCCCAACUGGUACUGGUGUACGGUACGCGGCGGCCCGUGGUCCAACGACUUUUACGGCGGAACCAGGUCAACACCCCUGGCCUGUGGAGAGUGCAAAGAUCCAUCUUUUGACACUCUUCAGGACCGGUACGGAAGAGUCCUGAACUCGCGAUGGCGAGAGUACGUAAAGACGCAGAACCCCCAUGUGCGUUUCAUGCUGGGGAAAAGCACCGACGAGAUCGAUGGGGGUAAUCGACAGGCCGGGUCUUCCACCUGGACUCCUUUACAUCUCGCAGCACGGGAGGGCCACGCAAAAAUCGUCAAGCUCCUCCUGGGGCACGGGGCAGACCCAAGCUUGUCCUCUUACAAUGUUUGUGCGUGCCGUGACCCCAAGCGUCUUGCCGUGCACGAAAGGCCCCUUGUUGGUGGUCGCGCCCAGGACGUCAUCCCCUAUCUCCCGUGGUCUGCCCUCCACCUGGCGAUCUGCCACGGACAUGACAACGUGGCAUCUAUCCUCAUGGAUGCUGGCGCAUCCAGAAUUGUGGAUGGACCAAAGUUGCCGUUUAGAGGUGGCCGCCUAUUUCGAGGCACUACUGCAUUGCAUACUGCUUGCCAGCAUGGCCGCCUUGAUACUGUGCGAUACAUAGUAGAGAACUCCUUCCAGACUGAUCUGGACGUUGAGGAUGCCCUCGGCGAGACAGCGCUGGACUAUGCGUAUCUUUACGGCCAAUGGCCGUGUCUCGAGUACCUGCUGCAGAGAGGAGCCAGGCGGGACGGCCGUUAUGACUUGCUCGCACACCCGAUACACGGCCACUCGUUCAAGAGCGCGUCCCGACUGUUGGGUAACGGCCUCCGGUCAGGCACCACCAAGACCGGCGCAGGAGAACUUCACAAUGAUUUGCCUACCGCUCCCUUGAUCCACGCAAGUUUAUCGCGGCCUUGGGGGUCCCCCCCGCGCGGCCGCCGCGCCGAAUUCAACUCGCGACGGUACGCCAGGGCGAAACGUUACGAGACACCACCUGAAGCCUCCAUACUAAAAGAUGGACUGGAGUGUUUGAGAUAUCUCCUGCAAAGCGGGGAAGACGUGAACGGGCGUGGCAUGGAGGACGCGACGCCUCUGGCCGUUGCCGUCCGCCACGCCCCGAUUGAGGUUCUUAAGAUGCUGCUGGAAGCAGGGGCCUCGGUAAACGCCACUGACGUUAAAGGUCGUACGGCUUUGUUCCUGGCCUGCGUUUGGACCCGAAGUUCAGAAGUCAUUGAAUUGCUGCUCAAGUACGGAGCCAACCCUGAACGUCAAGGCCAGUCCUAUGGGCCGAUAGGUAAGGCUUGCCAAACGUAUCUUGGGCCGAGGGCGGAUCAAUCCAAGCACGAGAUGGGGCUCGAGGUGGUCAAAAUUCUGCUCCGUCAUGGCCCCAGGCCAACCGUGAAGUCACUUGGCGAUGACCUGUAUCUGGCAAUGGGAUAUUCUAACCUAGCCAUUGCCAGACUGCUACUCUCCAGGUUGGACCUCGAGAUCAGCAACGCGGCCGACUACCAGAGGCUUUUCCGAUCUGUCUGGACGGUGGACACCACUUGUCUCAGAACGGUUCUCGACCUGGACAAGGAGAAUGGCAUAGUCAAGGGUGACCUUUCGCUUUUGCGUCUUGUCCGCUACAAGGCGAGCAGCACAGAGGCGGCAUCGCUACUGUUGGACCGCGGCGCGCAAUGUGUCUAUUGGUCUGAGAAAGACGGUAGUGCCUUGUACUGGGCAGUCGCCCAUCGCCGCGACACAGCUUUCGCUCGGAGACUCCUCGACGCUGGUGCGAACCCCAACCAGCUAUAUGUGUCCGGGCAACAGCGAUCGUGCGCCCUCCUGGAAGCGGUGCGGUACAGAGAACACGACUACGUCAAGUUGCUGCUUGAAAAGGGAAGCGAUGUCAACCUGAUGGUCCACGAGCCGUGUGCCGGCCAGGCCGAGUCUACGCCGCUGCUCCGGGCAGUUCAACAACGGCUGCACCGCGACAGAGAUACCCCCGGGUGGGCGCGCAACGGAAAAGGGCCCAUUGAGCGAAUGCGCGACAACAGCAGAGGGAUUAUUGAAACAUUAUUGGCCGCCCCUUCUGUUCUCAGCUGGACAGAGCAAACCCGGGAAACGUAUUUGCGGUACGCCUGUCAGUCCAAGUCCCCAAAACUCUUGGAGAUGCUUGUGAACGCUGGCGCUGGGAGCGUAUUCAGAGAAAGGGUGGCAGGCGAUCAGCUGCACUCGAAGGUUGAGCAGUUGGCAGCAAUAUGUUCAAAGCCUCCACUCGGCGACCUGGACAUCCGUUCCGUUGAUCAUGUCAUUGACUGGCUGGAGUACUGCACCCGGUCCGGUGCAGCCUGGUCGCACCGACCGGCAAAUGAACGUUCCAGCCGCGAAUUAUACCUGGCUCUACUGGAUCCUACAGGACAUCAGUAUAACCAUCACCUAGCGCGCUGCCUGGAGCGGAGGAUAUGCUUUCAUGAAGACGGACAAGGUGAAGCGAGGGUCGUCAUAUCAAAGGACCCGCUUGAGCAUAGGACCGAGACGUUGCCAUUGCGGGGUGGCAUGACUGGUUCUCAGUAUCAAGGUUGGUAA